GGGAGUGAACGUCUAGAGAUGCCACUCACAAUGGGUUAAAGCACUGAGCCUCGGAAAGAGAACGAAAGGCCUAUCCAGCCCUACCAGGUCAUCAUGUCACGUCAUUCCAAAGGAGAUAAGCUUCUAAGCGACCUGGGUUACAAACUGGGCCAAACCCUGGGUGAAGGCAGCUAUUCCAAGGUGAGAGUGGCGACCUCUGCCAAGUACAAGGGCCCACUAGCAAUCAAAAUGGUAGACCGGCGACGGGCCCCCCGGGACUUUGUGGAGAAGUUCCUGCCACGAGAGCUCUCCAUCUUGCGAGGGAUUCGACACCCACACAUUGUACGAGUCUAUGAGUUCAUUGAAGUCUGCAAUGGGACACUCUACAUUGUGAUGGAAGCGGCAUCUACGGACCUCCUGCAGAUGGUACAGCAAGUAGGGAAACUACCCUGUGCUCCUGAAGCCCGGGACAUCUUUGCCCAGGUCGUGGGUGCUGUGCGCUACCUCCAUGACAGGCAUUUGGUGCACCGGGACCUCAAGUGUGAGAAUGUGUUGCUCACUUCGGAUGGCCGCCGAGCAAAACUGACCGACUUUGGCUUUGGGAAGGAGUCACGUGGAUACCCAGAACUGAGCACUACCUAUUGUGGAUCAGCUGCCUAUGCCUCCCCUGAGGUGCUGAUGGGCAUCCCCUACGAUCCCAAAAAGUAUGAUGUGUGGAGCUUGGGCGUCAUGCUCUAUGUGAUGAUUACCGGCUGCAUGCCCUUUGAUGACACCCACAUCCAUAACAUGCCUUGCCGCCAGAAGAAAGGGGUCAUGUUCCCUGAAGAUGUGCCCACUUUGUCAGAGCCCUGCAAAGCUCUUAUCUCUCAACUGCUCCAGUUCAGUCCAGAAUCCCGACCUUGUGUGGGACUAGUAUCCAAGAACACCUGGCUGAAAGGGGAAUCAUAAAUGGGAUGGUCAUCCCUACUCUGGUGUCAUGUGGUGCAGCCCGGACACCUACUAGUUGCAGCUGCUUCAAGGGGGGAUCAUGUUAACAGAACUAUGCAAGCAUAUGGUUGCGGACAAGAGGUUUCUGGGAAGUUGACUGUGGGAAGUAAGUGGACAAAUUGCUUUGGGGAAAGGAAAACGAUUCGGAUGUAAGUCCGUCUGAUAUUAAGGGAUUUGCUUCCAACAAAUGUAUUUAGGUUUGUGGUGCCAAUGAGAUCUUUUUAAACCCUC